AUGACACCAAGUUCUUUGUCCCCGCAUUACACGGCUCAAUCUCCUUCAGGACGUAAACCUGACUUGGUAGCGAAGGAGGUGCUGGAAUGGUGGCAAACCAACGGAAAGCACCCGUUCAUCCAGCCCCACAUCUCGUCACCGAGUAAUGUGGGUGCGAACUCGCCAGAGAACUUACCACUAGGUGAUAAGGUCCAGCUCAUUCGACUACCAGUAGCUUCACCGUCAGCCGUUAAAGAGUUCAGUCAGGUUAGCAGUGAAGAGCCAGCACAUCUCACCACAGGGAAAAAAUGCUUUCUAUGGACAGGUGACGCAGUCCCUUCAUCAGAACAUAUACUUUACAAAGAGAAACAGGAUCUUUUAUCCUAA